UGUGUCACAGUAGUAAAAGUCCCCUACUAAAGGAUAUUAGAGCCAUGGCAGGGUCGGAUUUGUUGAAAACUGUGCUGUACACAGUCAACACUUUGCUUCAGCAAGAAAAGUACAAGGCUGCCCUUGCAGUUGUCAAAGGAUUCAGAAAUGGAGCCGUAUAUGGAGCAAAAAUCCGCGCGCCCCAUGCCCUAGUGAUGACGUUUCUCUUCCGGAGUGGGAGCUUAAAGGACAAACUGAGAGCUAUAGCCCAAGCCACGUACACACAUUCCAGGAACCUGGCCUGCUUCGUGUUCACAUACAAAGGCCUGCAAGCACUCCAGCAGCACAUCCAGGGGAAAAGUCUCCAGUCCCAGGCCUUCCUGGCAGCAUGUCUGGGCGGUUGGCUGGUGUUUGGAGACAACAACCAUAUAAACAGCCAGAUCAACAUGUACUUAUUGUCUCGUAUCCUGUUCGCCCUGUCUCGUCUGGCUGUGGAAAAGGGCUAUAUCCCACAACCCAAAAGGGACCCUUUCCCCCUGUUUGCCACUCUGGUUUGGGGUAUCGUCCUGUGGCUGUUUGAGUAUUACCCACACACGCUACAGCCCUCGCUCCAAAGCUCCAUGAGCUACCUGUACCAUGACAGCAACGUGUGGCACGAUAUCUCAGACUUUCUCAUUUACAACAAACCCAAAACAACAGCGGCUAAGUGAAGCCCCCCCCCCCACCCCACCCCACCCCCCCCCGCGCUCUUAACACUAAACCCUCUGUGUCCCAGCCCAGCGGUUCUUUUUGGAAUCAUAAUUCAGAAUGGUUGCCUUAAAGCAUGUUUAAGCCAGUUUUUAAUUCCUUCACAAGUCUGUGUCACUCGGCUUCGUCUUCCUCGUUUUACAGUGCUCCGUAAUAAAAAAAAUUAAAAAAAAAAAAAAAAGCUAUGUGAACAAGCAUUUGGAAAGAACUGAUGCAGUUUUGAUUCUGUCCAUCUUGUUCCUGUUCAGAGUGCACUGAAGAGAGGUCUUGAAAGAACACUGUAGCAGAGUUGUAAGUUGGAAACUCCUGCCUUAGUUCAUAUGAAUUUUCUUUUGACAUGUUUGUCUCCCCUGGCAGAGUGAGUGACCCUAAUGUUUCGUGGUGUUUUUAUAAAGCUGAAUCCUUUUUGUGUCUCUGAAACGUUGGUUGCAGUACUGACUUGAUUGCUGUGUCAGUGUUUCUCCCUCUGUUUGUGUGGGUGUGUUCAUUCCACAUCUGACUUUUCCAGUCCUUUGUACCAAACCCUUAUUAAUCCACAUUCUGCAUAGCUGAUUCAUAUACAGGUAAAAAUGAUGGAAUUAUAGUGUCAGUGUGGGCUCUUUAGUAAUGGGAUUGGCUUUUUGUCCAGUCCGCACUCUGUGUGUGUGUGUGUGUGUGUGUGUGUGUGUGUGUGUGUGUGUGUGUGUGGACAGCAAUAGUGGAAAAUGUCUCAAUAUGUUGUCACAGAUUUCAUUAACAAAAUUUUUCACAGAAAAUCUCCAAUGGUCUUCAGGUAUCUGAAGAAGGAGAAGAUAUAGCUGAUCUCUGUGAUUUUUCUAAAAAGCUAUGGAAAUGCUAGCCAUAUUUCAGUGGAGAGCCUAAUGAUGAUGACGAUGAUACUUGUGUUUGAAAAGGUGUUCUUUGCCAAGGUUUAGCGAAUGCCACGUAUGUCGAGCAACCUGACAUUAAGGUUGAGGUAGGGUGAGACAGAAUGAGUGGUGGUUGGCAUGACAACAGGUUUUGCAUGUUUUUGGCAUUACUUGAUAAUUACUGGAUAAUUUUUUUGAAUCACGGGUCCUUAGAGCCAGGAUCUUUUCUGUGUACCAAUCAGCAUUCCUCAUUUCAAAAGAUCACGCACUGAUCUCCUCUCUAAACGUGUGUCUGAAAGCAUGUAAAAUGUCAAUUAGGCAAGAGGAAAAGCAAUAAAAUAAAGUAACUUUUAUAUUUUAGAAUGUAAAUGUAAAUUGUUCACGAUUGAAUCUGUUUGUGUGUGUGUGUGUGUUUUUUAUUUGUUUUUGUUUUGUUUUUUCUUUUCGGAAAUUGUAUUUGAAUAUACGAUGUAACUCAAUAAAUGAUGAUAUUGAAUAACUGAA